GUGAUGAGUAGGUUGGGCUUGUGUUUGUUUGGAAUUUGGAUUGGAAAUUAAAUCACUAUUACUUAGUCAGAGGUAGCAAGGUAGUACAUUAAUAAGUUGGUUCAUUGUUUUCAAGUACUAUUAAUGUCUUUCUUUUGUUCAAUGGAUCUAUUUUAAAUUCUGGAAGCUGUAUGCCUAGUUUUAAAGAGAUUAUUAUGUGAUAUAGAAAAACCUAAACUGCAAAUACCUAUAUUGACAUUACCUCAUAUAGCAUCUGAAAAUGUUGUCUGGCUUGCUGUCUGCUGAACUAUCAGCGACCUGCAAUGCUUUGGGAUAUUCUAGUGGAUCAACAUACUAUACUGACCCUUAUGUGAAAGAAACAAUCACAGACCUUAUUCGCUACCUGCGGAGAGAUGACGAAGACCACACCAUCAGACGGCAUUUGGGGAGUGCGAAAAUACUUCAGACAGAUCUUCUGCCUAUCCUGAUCCAUCACUCAGAGAAGGAAGACUUGUUUGACGUCCUUCUAAGGUUGUUGGUGAAUCUGACAAAUCCGGCGUUACUGAUAUACCAGGAGCAGUUGCCGACGGAACGGACAGCCAGCCACCACUUUCUGCAGCUGGUGGCUCAAUUGCAAGGUUACAAAGAGGCCUUCACCGACCAGCAACUGUGGGAGAUUCUGGCCAAGAAGUUAGCAGAUCUGCUGCAGAUUGAGUACCAUGAACGUGAUGAGGAUCAAAGCAGAACGAUGGAGCGAAUUCUGAUCCUGGCAAGAAACGUAUUGCAAGUACCUACUGAUGCAGAUGAGAACAGACCAGAUAACGAUGCAAGCAUCCAUGACCAGGUGCUAUGGGCUCUACAUCAAGGUGGCAUGGUUGAUCUGUUCCUGUACAUUGCCUCCACGGAUCACGAGCAACAAUACUAUAUGCAUAUCUUGGAGAUAGUUUCUCUCAUGCUGAGGGAGCAGAACCCUGCUACUCUGGCAUCAGCAGCUCUCCAGAGGUCCCAGCAAGAGAAAGAGCGGGAUGAGAAGGAACUAUUGGAGAUCAGAAGGCGGGAGAUCAAAGAGAAACAGGCCAAGGUCAAGUUAUACACCGGAUCAAGACAUUCACGGUUUGGAGGAACCUUCAUCAUCAAAAACUUUAAAUCCAUCAGUGAUCGAGACUUGAUCUAUCAUAAACCUCCGACCAAGGGAGUGACAUUCUCUGUUGGCAAUGAAAAAGAACGUUCCAAAGUUCCGAAGAAUAAGCAGGCUCUUACGCACCAUACGUCGGAGAGAAGAUCGGCCUUCAGUGUUCGGCUGUUCUUGAAGGAGUUUUGUGUGGAGUUCCUCAAUGGAGCCUACAACCCACUCAUGUACAAAGUCAGAGAGAAUUUAGUGAGAGCAGUUGGCCAACCUAAUGAUGAAACCUAUUACUUCUGGGCUAUGAAGUUCUUCAUGGAGUUCAACCGUUUAUACAAGUUUCAAGUAAAAUUAAUCAGUGAAACAAUGCAUCAGCAGAUAUUCCACUUCGUCCAGACCCAGAUGGAGAACUGGCUGGAGAAUAUGAUUGUUGAUAAGAAAAAGAUUCCUCUUUGGUCACGAAGGAUACAUCAAGCGCUCAAAGCAUACCAGGAGCUGUUGUUGACUCUCCAGGCCAUGGACAGAAGCCCAGAUCAGUCGGUGAGGGAGUCAGCAAGGGUCAUCAAAAGUAACAUCUUCUACCAGAGCGAGUAUCGGGAACUGAUUAUCUACCUGUUCAAUGUCUUCACAGAGACAAAGUUUACAAGAUCAUAUCUCAAAGAUUUGGUGGAAACUGCCCACAUCUUUCUGAAAAUGUUGGAACAUUUCUGUUCACGUCACCAAAACCUUAUUGUUCAGGGCAAGGCAAAGAAGAGGAAUCAAAAAAAGAAGAAGAAAAGUACUCCUAAGACGAGUGCAGCGACGACACAGAACCUGGAAGCAAUCUGGGAUCAAGUGGGACCAGAGCUGUCGGCUGUACUGCAGGGCCAAGCUGAGAUACCCUCUGAUCUUACACCCUUUGAUGCUGCCUCUGACCUGACCAUGGAUCAACAGAAAGUUGAAGCCAUGAAAAGAAUACAGUUGGAGCUGAAGCAAGGAAAUUUUGAGCAAGCAGUUGGACUUUUACGGGCAUCUCGAGAAAUAUGGCCUGAGAAUGACAGUUUUGGGCAUACCAAUAUGGCACCAGAUGAAGAAUUCCUGGCAAUGCGGGAAAUUUUCAUGACUGAUAUUGGACUACCUGCAGAGUCUGCAAUAGAAAAUGGAAACAAUGAAGAAGAAAGUGAAGAUGAAGAAGAGGAUCCAAGAGAUAUAGUUGUACCUGAACAGACAUUCAAGUUUAUGGAUUUUGUUGGAAGGUUUGCUAGCCCUCGAGUGCUAGCCCCUGUCUGCCUACUGCUGGAGCACUUUGAGAAAAACUCCCAUCACACAAACCACUGUGCUGUGAAGAUACUCCAUCGUGUUGCAUGGGAUUGCAAAAUGCCGGCUCUGCUGUUCCAGGCCUCUCUGUUCCGGACAUUCCAGCGCAUAUUCCAGUCCAGUGUUCCAGAGCAUAAGGAAUUGGUCAAAUUUGCUGUCUUUAUCAUGAGAAAGUUCACUGAAAUGGCAAAAAAGAACAAGAAGAUAUUCAUGGAAAUUUUAUUUUGGAAGAGUAAAAAGGAAGAGGAAGAAUUAGAAAAUGGUUAUGGGAAUGUUAAAAGCAAGUCACACUCUGCAAAGAACGUUUGGCAAGAAGAACAAGAAGAUGAGUUGCGAAGGUUGGCCGCUGAAUAUGAACGUGACACUCUAGAGCCUGAUGCUGUUGCUUGGAUUAUGAAAAACAUGAUCGACCAGACUCGAAGCCGGAAAGCAGUUAUCAAGAAAUUGAAGGAGCUCUAUCUUGUUGUUGGCAACAUUAAACCGAAACCAGUAUCUAACACAGUAGAAUUUAGUGAAGAAGAAAUAGCUGAAUUAAGAAGCCUAUUUGAACAGUAUAAAAAUGCCCAAGUAUUGUGA